UGUCACUCGGUGAGGGAGUGGCUCCGCCGCCUGCCCACAUGUCUUUAAUUUGUUUAUAGCGCGUGGAGGCUCCAGGUGAUUCGACACUGACCUGCCCGCCGGCCGCCGCAUCUCGUCCCGGAUCAGUUUGUUCCUGUCAGCUGAGGUGGAAUAACUCGGAGCCCAGAGAUCCUCAGACCAGACCUGACAAAGUCCUGGUCGCCCGCUGCAGCCCACACUGUGAUGUGACCAGUUGCUUCGUCCUACUUCCCUCUUUUUCUCCACAUCGGUGAAGCUCACUCAGAGAUGACAGCCAUCUUUGCUGCAGCCCUUCAGGCAGCAGGAGGAGUCAGGACCAGAGGAGUGCAGUCUCUCCAGAUGCUGAUGUUGUGUCUCCUCCCACUGCUGUGGCUGCAGCCUGCAGACUCCAACACCGCUCCAGAUGCCAAAGCCUGGAGCCAAACCGGGCCACGGCUGCAGCUCUCCCACUCAGACCUGAGGAACAGCUCGGCCGUCUUCUGGAAGGGGGGCAUCAGCAGUGGAUACCAGGCCCUCCUGCUGGACGAGGAUCAAGGCUGGCUGUUGGUCGGCGGUAAAGACCACAUCUACCUGCUGAGGCCCGACAGCGUGGAUCUGCCCACGCGUGCGGUCUACUGGCCUGCUGCCAGAGAACACGUGGAGCACUGCAGACUGGCAGGGAAAAGUGUGGAGACGGAGUGUGCUAACUUUGUGCGGCUGCUGCAGCCCUUCAAUAAGACCCAUGUUUACGCCUGUGGCACUGGUGCCUUCCAUCCACAGUGUACAUACCUGCACCUCGGACACAGCACUGAGGGGCCGUUGUUCGUGUUGUCUCCCCACGUGGAGUCCGGCAGAGGAAAAUGUCCCUUCAGUCCCAGAGAGCCCUUCACUGCUAGACUGACUGAUGGUGAACUUUAUGCAGGUACCUCAGUGGACUUCAUGGGAGCAAACGCUGCCAUCUUCCGUACCACAGUCCAGGGCAGCAGUCAGCAUUACAUCCGCACUGAGGCCUACGACCAAAACUGGCUCAACGAGCCGGAGUUUGUGGGCUCCUUCUCCAUCCCUGACACUCACAGUCCGGACGACGACAAGGUUUACUUCUUCUUCAAGGAGAGGGCGGUGGAGGCUGGACAGUGGGACAGGAGGGUGUACAGUCGUGUGGCUCGAGUCUGCAAGAAUGACGUAGGGGGGAAGAGGAGUCUGAUCAAUCGCUGGACCACCUUCCUCAAAGCCAGACUGGUCUGUUCUGUUCCCGGACCGUCCGGAGUCGACACACAGUUUGAUGAGCUAGAGGACAUCUUUGUUCUGGAGACCAAGGACCCACAAAAUCCCACCAUCUACGGCGUCUUCAGCACGUCCAGCUCCAUCUUUCAUGGUUCAGCAGUGUGUGUCUACUCCAUGGCGUCCAUCCGUGCAGCUUUCAACGGACCGUUUGCCCAUAAAGAAGGUCCUGACUAUCGCUGGGUGGAGUACAAAGGCCGCAUCCCAUAUCCAAGACCUGGGACUUGUCCCAGUGAGACCUACGAUGCUCUCCACAAGUCCACCAAGGAUUUCCCAGACGAGGUGGUGAGCUUCAUGCGGCAGCAUCAGCUGAUGUGGGAGCCGGUCCUGCCUCUGGGCGGCAGACCCAUAUUGACCCAGGUCACCGCUCCCUACAUGUUAAAGAGGGUGGUAGUGGACAGAGUGGAUGCUGAGGAUGGACCUUACGACGUCUUACACCUGGGCACAGAUGAUGGGAAGGUGGUGAAGGCAGUGUCUGUCGUCAAAGACAACGGGGACACAGAGGAGAUCAUUCUAGAGGAACUGACUGUCUUCCAGAGUCCCUCUCCCAUCCUGAGCAUGGAGCUGUCGACCAAGAGACAACAGCUGUAUGUGUCCAGCGAGCUCGGCGUGGCCCAGCUGGGGCUCCAGAGGUGUGAGUUAUACGGGAGCGACUGUGCUGAGUGCUGCCUGGCCAGAGACCCCUACUGCUCCUGGGACGGACAGACCUGCUCCAGAUACUUCCCCACCAGCAAGAGGCGGGCACGGAGGCAGGAUGUAAAGUAUGGAGACCCCUGGAGUCAGUGCCCAGUCACAGAGGACGAUUCUGACUCUGUGGAGGUGAAGCUGGUGUACGCUGUCGAAGGAAACUCCACCUUCCUGGAGUGUGUUCCUCGGUCGCCUCAGGCCGAGCUCAGGUGGACGAUGCAGCAGCACACAGACAGCCAGCAGCAAACCCUCAGUCAGAUAUAUAAAAGCAGAGAGCUCCCUCAGAGCGAUGACGACCGCUCCCUCAACAUGAAGAGGGGGUUGCUGGUUCAACGCCUGGAGCUGGCUGACGCAGGCCUCUACACCUGCACCAGCCACGAGCACUCCUACAGCCAGGUCCUGGCCCGAUACCGAGUUCACAUCAUCCCCAACCACAGCCUCCACCCAGCCCGCCACCUGCAGAACCACAGUCCAAACCACGGGAGGACCGGGCCGGCCGGGGUAGUGGUCACUGGGUUUCUGGGGCAGUCAGGGCCCCCUCAUCCACCUCCUUCCCUGCCGGGACACAGGAACUCGUGGCUGCUCCAGCAUCCUCAGCAGCUCCCUCUGAAGAGCUACAAAGACCUGACCAUGGUGGGGACCAACAGUCUGAGCGUGGACGAGUACUGUGAGCAGCUGUGGUACCGCGAGAAACGCCGGCAGCAGAAACUGCGCACGCUGAAGCUGAAACAGGAGAGCAGGAAAGCCCGGGUGAGGAGGAACAACCCUCCUGAGGUUCCCCUCUAGUCACCUGGAGAACACAGACUGAUAAUGGACAACAGAACCUGUAUAUGCAGAGAGCAAGCAAAGGUUCAGUCAAGAAAGUUUGCUUUUUGAGCAAAUAAUGCCGAUCAGUAGAGUGACACCAACUAUAUUUGCCAUUAAAGACUGACAGUAAUAUUCUUUUUUCUGAAUAUUUUUACAUUUAGACCCUACAAAAAUGGAAAGAGCAAUGUAGAGAAAAAGUUAUUCCUAAUAUUAGCAGUGUUCAGUUUUGUAUAAUCUGGUCAUUUCGACAUAAACAGAGACACAGUUAAAACUGAAGAGAAGCAUCUGAUCACAUUCUGUUUUCAGACGUCUAGAUAAACAUUUUGUUCUUUGCUAAAACAUCGUGCAGGAUGAUUAUCUGGCUGAUAAUUCCAAAAACAAACAAACUGAGUUUAAAGGCCCUGGAAACCUGUUUUCUUGAUUUGCUUCCUUGCUGUGUAUGAUUAUUCUACACAGUUUUUAGUGUUUUUCUCUGAGCUCCUCUCACUGUUUGGAGGUGGAUGUGGCUCAAUUGAGGAAAAGUGAUGUAAUGCAGAUUUCAAAAAUAUAAUUGCUGUUGAUAAAUAGUUACUGAGGAUGUUUUUUCCCCCAAACUUCACUGACAGUUGCUUAUUUAGUCUUGACUAUUGAAUAUUUUAGAGAAAUAUUUAAGAUUUGAAACCAAGUUUUCAGGGUUUUUAAAGUUACUACUUGUAGUGUUAGAGAGACUAGUGACCUAAACUAAUUUACUCUUACUUUAAUGCUAUGGAUUUACCAAUAUUUACACCACAGCAUCUAUUCAGACUGACUCUAUACAACCAGCUCUGCAGGACAUCAAUGGCACCGAAUAGCUGACAUGAAAUUUGUAGCAAAGCUGCAAAUUCUUCAUACAGGACAGACGUACAGGUGAAAAUGUAUCAGGAUCUCUCGCACAAUGCAGACAGACAUUUAUAUUUAUAUAUAGAUAUAUACACAUGUUGUAUAUAUAAAUAUAAAUGUGUAAAACAGUAUAAAUUAAUGACAAGUGUUAACCCAGUUUACUGCUACACAUUUAACUGUUGUUUAACAAAAACAUAUAAUGUUUUCUACAUGUAUUUAUGUUUGUUCUGAGAUGUAAUGCUGAUCUACACUGAUAAGAUCUAGGCUUCAUACACAACGCCUCAGUGGAAACGCACACAUGAAAUGGACCUUGCUUGAAAAUACAUUAUGUAUAGCUUAUUAAAACUGCCAUUUAACUAAUAAUUACUAUUCACUACAAUGUAUAUUAAAGAACUCUAUUUUUGAUAGUUUUCUUUCUUCAUGUACUAGAAUUUAGUACAUGUUCUCUGUGUUUAUGUAAACUUGUGUAAAGCAUAAGCAAAAUGAAAACUUGUUUUCAUGUCACAACUCCAAUAAGCUUUGAGAUCAAGAACUGAGUAAUGAAGCUGUGUAAUACUGUAUGUGAAUAAGCCACCGAAUAAUAACUUACAUGUAAAAUAAAACAAAUAAAAACA